AUGGACAUCCUUGAGACAGACGCCUAUGACCGGAGGCAGAAGAGAAACACGUCCUGUGCACUCUGUCUCUCUCUUGUGCCUUUCUUUUUGGCCACAGCUGCCUUCUUCUACACAAGGACUCCUGACUUUGCACCCUCCGCCGUGGCCGCAGGUGUCAAGGCAGCGCCCACGCUGCUGUUGGCUUUUCUGGUGCUGAGCUGGAAGGGAGGUCAGAGUGUCCUGGGAGUGGCAGGAGGACUGGUCUCCUCAGCGGUUGGUGACAUCUGCCUGGUCUGGUCUGAGCUUUUUCUCCACGGAAUGGGUGCAUUUGCUGUGGCUCAUCUACUGUACGCAUUCUCCUUCCUCUCCGCCCGCUAUUCACCACUUUCCUCGUCGUCCUGCUGGAUCCGCUUUCUAUAUGUGCUCCUGUUUGUGAUGGGAGGAGGUUCCUAUGUCUAUCUAUACCCCUACAUUCAGAAAGCCCCUGACGCAGCUGUACUGACUCCAGCCGUUGGAGUGUACGUUGCCUUAAUUACUCUGAUGGUGGCAUUAGCCGUCCGAACCCGCCGGGCAGCAACAUUGUUAGGAGGCUUGUCCUUCAUGGUGUCUGAUCUGACACUGGCCCUGCAAAUAUUCAAGGUGAUGCCGUCGCUGGAGCAUGGCUACACCAUUGUCAUGAUAACCUAUUAUUUAGCACAACUUCUAAUCGCUGUGGGUGAUAUAAAAGCGGUGGAGAACGAAGAUGACUUUGCAAAAUGGAAGAGGUCCUAAGUAGCAUCCCUGUGGCAUCCCUCAAGUCUGAAGUAUCCUCCUCACACUU